AUGUUGGACUCCGUAACCCAUAGCACCUUUCUACCUAACACAUCCUUCUGUGACCCCCUGAUGUCGUGGACGGAUUUGUUCAGCAAUGAAGAAUAUUACCCGACCUUUGAACAUCAGACAGCCUGUGACUCCUACUGGACCUCAGUUCACCCUGAAUACUGGACCAAGCGCCACGUCUGGGAAUGGCUCCAGUUCUGCUGUGAUCAGUACAAACUUGACGCCAACUGCAUUUCCUUCUGUCACUUCAACAUCAGCGGCCUGCAGCUGUGCAGCAUGACACAGGAGGAGUUCAUCGAGGCAGCCGGCAUCUGUGGGGAGUACCUGUACUUCAUCCUCCAGAACAUUCGCUCACAAGGCUAUUCCUUUUUCAAUGAUGCUGAAGAGACCAAGACCACCAUCAAAGACUAUGCUGAUUCCAGUUGCUUGAAAACAAGUGGCAUCAAGAGUCAAGACUGUCACAGUCGAACAAGCCUCCAAAGCUCUCACCUGUGGGAAUUUGUCAGAGAUUUACUUCUGUCUCCUGAAGAAAACUGUGGCAUCCUGGAAUGGGAAGACAGGGAACAGGGCAUUUUCCGAGUGGUUAAAUCAGAAGCCCUGGCCAAGAUGUGGGGACAAAGGAAGAAAAACGACAGGAUGACAUAUGAAAAGUUGAGCAGGGCCCUGAGAUACUACUAUAAAACAGGAAUUUUGGAGCGGGUUGACCGGAGGUUAGUGUACAAAUUUGGAAAAAAUGCACACGGGUGGCAGGAAGACAAACUAUGA